CCGGGCAGAUUCUCCAGCGCACGCCCCAACCCUGGCACGGCCGGGAACUAUUACUCUCAUCUCCAGGACCUGGGCUCAGUGCACCAGCCAAAUCCGACCCGAGUGCCUCGGGACCCUCCAGAAGCACCGGGGCUCCUGGGCCAGGGCGGUCCCUUACGGUCCGGCUACCCUGCUAGCCCGGGUAGCCCUGGCAAGCGAGUCUCAGGCCUCAGAGAAGCGCUGGGACACAGACGGGAUCAAGAAAAGUACCCGCCAACUGCUCCCAGUCCUCUGGGAACCGCGCCAACACCUCCAACCCCGCGCGUCCCCGCCCCUUCUGCCCCUGAGAGCCCGGCGGCGUUGGCGAACACGCGGAAAGCGGAUCGGCCUUUGGAGACCGGGUUCCGGCGCCGCGCUGCGCGUGCGCCGUGCUACUGGCCGCAGGAGGCGGUGAUCCCUAGCUUCGCGCUGCGCGCGGCGUUAAUUACUGAUUGUCCUGCUCCGGGGAGGCUGGGGCGCGGGGCGCGGCUUCCCAGUGGCUGCUCGGCGGUACCCGCAAACCGAGGGGCCGCCGGGCCGAUGAGACUGUCGCUUCUUUGUGCCCUGUAAAGGUGCUGGGAGAGAUAAGCACGGGUCGGUUCCCAUCCAUUCGAACCGCCCGCGUAGAACCGAACCGGCGCGAGGGCCCGGGCGGUGGGACGGCGAGGCCGCCGAGAGGUGCGUUCGAGGAGCUCCCGGAGAGCGGGGGAAACCUCGACUCAGGACAAUUGGGGACCUGGGCAUUCGCGAUGGAAAAGAAUUUCUGCACGCGCCGGGACACAAAUUUGUUUAAGAAAGCAGGAAGGUGCAAUGGCAAAGAAUUUAUCUGUGAUCUUGGUCCUGAUCUUAGCCCUUUCCGUCACAAAUCUCCUUCAAGAACUAGAAUCAGCAGCUGCUUUCUCUCAGACCACUGAGAAAAUCAAUCCAAACUGGGAAUCUGGCAUUAAUGUUGACUUGGCAUUAACCACACAGCAACAUCAUGUGCAACAGCUCUUCUACCGAUAUGGGGAGAACAAUUCCUUAUCAGUUGAAGGGUUCAGAAAAUUGCUUCAGAAUAUAGGCAUAGAUAAGAUUAAAAGAAUCCAUAUACACCAUGACCACGAGCAUCAUCCUGACCACGACCGUCGCUCUCACAGGAAUCAUGCUGCUUCCGGUAAAAAUAAUCGGAAAGCUCUUUGCCCAGACCAUGACUCUGAUGUUUCAAGUAAAGAUCCUCGAAACAGCCAGGGAAAAGGAUCUCACCGACCAGAACACACCGAUGGUAGAAGAAAUGUCAAGGAGAGCGUCAGUGCCAGUGUAGUGACCUCAACUGUGUAUAACACUGUCUCUGAAGGGACUCACUUUUUGGAGACAGUAGAGACUCUGAAAUCUGGAAAACUCCCCAAAGACGUAAGCAGUUCCACCCCACCCAGUAUCACAGAAAAGACCCGGGUGGGCCAGCUGGCUAGUAGGAAAAUCAAUGAGUCUGUGAGUGAGCCCAGAAAGGGCUUUGUGUACUCCAGAAACAUAAAUGACAAUACUCAAGAGUGUUUCAAUGCUUCAAAGCUGCUUACAUCUCAUGGCAUGGGCAUCCAAAUUCCACUGAAUGCCACUGAGUUCAACUAUCUCUGCCCAGCCAUCAUCAAUCAAAUUGAUGCUAGAUCUUGUCUGAUUCAUACAACAAGUGAAAAGAAAGCUGAAAUCCCUCCAAAGACCUAUUCUUUACAAAUAGCCUGGGUUGGUGGCUUUAUAGCCAUUUCCAUCAUCAGUUUCCUAUCUUUGCUGGGGGUUAUCUUGGUGCCUCUCAUGAAUCGAGUGUUUUUCAAAUUUCUCCUAAGUUUCCUUGUGGCAUUGGCCGUUGGGACUUUGAGUGGCGAUGCUUUAUUACACCUUCUUCCACAUUCUCAUGCAAGUCACCAUCAUAGUCAUAGCCAUGAAGAACCAGCAAUGGAAAUGAAAAGAGGUCCACUUUUCAGUCAUCUGUCUUCUCAAAACAUAGAAGAAAGUACCUAUUUUGAUUCUACAUGGAAAGGUCUGACGGCUCUAGGAGGCUUGUAUUUCAUGUUUCUUGUUGAACACGUACUUACAUUGAUUAAGCAAUUUAAAGAUAAGAAGAAAAAGAAUCAAAAAAAACCUGAAAAUGACGAUGACGUGGAGAUUAAGAAGCAGUUGUCCAAGUAUGAAUCUCAACUUUCAACAAAUGAGGAGAAAGUAGAUACAGAUGAUCGACCUGAAGGCUAUUUACGAGCAGACUCACAAGAGCCCUCCCACUUUGAUUCUCAGCAGCCAGCAAUCUUGGAAGAAGAAGAGGUCAUGAUAGCUCAUGCUCAUCCUCAGGAAGUCUACAAUGAAUAUGUACCCAGAGGGUGCAAAAACAAAUGCCAUUCACAUUUCCAUGAUACACUGGGCCAGUCAGAUGACCUCAUUCACCAUCAUCAUGACUAUCAUCAUAUUCUCCAUCACCAUCACCACCAAAACCAUCACCCCCACAGUCACAGUCAGCGCUACUCUCGGGAGGAGCUGAAAGAUGCUGGCAUUGCCACGUUGGCUUGGAUGGUGAUAAUGGGGGAUGGCCUGCACAACUUCAGCGAUGGCCUAGCAAUUGGUGCUGCUUUCACUGAAGGCUUGUCAAGUGGUUUAAGUACUUCUGUUGCUGUGUUUUGUCAUGAGUUGCCUCAUGAGUUAGGUGACUUUGCUGUUUUAUUGAAGGCUGGCAUGACCGUUAAGCAGGCUGUGCUUUACAACGCUUUGUCAGCCAUGCUGGCCUAUCUUGGGAUGGCAACAGGAAUUUUCAUUGGUCAUUAUGCUGAAAAUGUUUCCAUGUGGAUAUUUGCACUUACUGCUGGCUUAUUCAUGUAUGUCGCUCUGGUUGAUAUGGUACCUGAGAUGCUGCACAAUGAUGCUAGUGACCAUGGAUGUAGCCGUUGGGGCUAUUUCUUUUUACAGAAUGCUGGGAUACUUUUGGGUUUUGGAAUUAUGUUACUUAUUUCCAUAUUUGAACAUAAAAUUGUGUUUCGUAUAAAUUUCUAAUUAGGAUAUGAAUGCUAGAGUAGCUUAAAAAAUAUUGCUGUCAAUAGUUUAAGUAGGUCAUAGGAAGAUGAGUUUGUGCUACAAAAUGCAGCAUUUAAAGCUAGUGGAUUUUGUGAUUUUUGUAUUGAAUAUUGCCAUUUGUUAUGCUUAUAAGGUCAGUUAUGUUAAUAAAAUAAAGGUAUGGUUUAGCUGGACGUGGUGGCACACGCCUGUAAUCCUAGCAACUCAGGAGGCUGAAGCAGGAGGAUCGCAGGUUCAAAGCCAGCCUCAGCAACUUAGCAAAGU